AAUCAACCAGUGCAACUUUGGGAUGCCAGUCAAGGAAGAUAGCUUGCAGAUUUCACCACUCACUUCUCCUUUUACUAUUCAACAAGUCAAUGAUAAUAGCUACGGUUAUGGAAUCUCCUUCUUCAUGGCACCUUUCCAUGCUAUAAUUCCGUCUAAUUCUGGUGAUGGCCUGCUGGCACUAUUUAGAAUUAACAUCAACUCUAUUGUCUCUGUGGUAAAUGUUGCCUGGAAAAGCAGCAUUAGGACUGGAAAGCCAGCAAACGCUUGGGUAGAUUACAACUCCAGCACACAUAAUCUGAGUAUGUUUCUGACUUAUGCUGAUAAUCCAGUUUAUAGCGGGAAUUCUACCCUUUGGUUUAUUGUUGACUUGAGGGACAUCUUGCCAGAAAAGGUUAGAGUAGGUUUCUCUGCCUCCACAGGUAGUGUUGUGGCUGAAACACAUACAGUUCAAGCUUGGUACUUCAAUAUCACAAACUUGGAUACCAGGAAAAAGAAUGAAGGGUUGGUUUUAGGUUUGGGAUUGGGAUUUGGGGUUUUGGCUUGUGGGUUGGUUUUGUUUGGCUUCAUCCUUAGGAGGAUCAAGUCAAAAUGGAAGACGGGAGCUGAGGCCAUUGAUGUAUAUGAAGGAGCGGAAGAGGCUCCAGCGUUGACUAUCUCCAAGAAUGGGAAGGAAGAGUCUAAUCCAGAAUUUGAAAAUUGGCUGAACAAUGAUGGCCUUCUAACUAACUGGUUGCUUGGUACCAUGAAUGAAGAAGCACUGAGCGUGGUAGUUGGUUGUGAAUCAACUUUCCAGAUUUGGAGGUGUCUUGAGGAACAUUACUUGCCUUCCACAAAGCAGCAAGAAUUACAUUUAAAAGGCCUACUGGUAGUGAAAAGAAGUGAUGGUGAAUCUCUUGAAGACUUUGUGAGAAAAUUUAAAAACACCUGUGAUCAAUUAGCUGCAAUCCGUAAACCUCUCGAUGAUUUGGAUAAGGUAUUUCAACUCUCUAGAGUUGUAGGAUCAAGGUACCAGCCUUAUAACCUUGCAGUCCUAUCAAAGGCUCCAUAUCCAACCUUCAAUCAGUACACAACAGGCUUACAGAAUAAUGAGAGGGACUUACAAGCAGCAGAACAGGAGAACAAAGACAAAACUCCAGUUUAUGCUCAAACAUUUGUGGCACACAGGGGGAGAGGAAAUCGAGGCAGAAGCUACGGUGGUAGGUACUUCAACUCUAGGGGCAGAGGUGUUGUUCAAGCUGGAAAUUACAAUUGGUUUGGUAACCAACGAACUGGAAAUUACAACUCAUUUGGUAACCACAAGAACUUCAUAGCCAAUAACAAUCCUCUACCACAACAGAAUAUGCCACAAAAGUUUGAUCAUGCAUAUCAGAGUGAGGAACUACCUCAAGCCCUUGCAACCAUGACUCUAUUGGAGAAAAAAGACCAGAAUACCUAUGUGGACACAAGUGCAACUGAUCACAUGACCUCAGAUGCAGGUAAACUUUAUACUAAAAGGCCUUAUACUGGAAACCAUAACGUGUUUACAGGUGAUGGAACUCCUUUAGAUAUCUCUCACAUUGGAUCUGCAUCUAUUGGUUCUUUAAAACUUAAUAAUGUUCUGGUUGUUUCUAAUCUCAAGAAAAAUCUUUUAUCUGUCAGUAAAUUUACUAAAGAGAAUCCUUGCAUUUUUGAGUUCUCAUCUAAUGGUUUUGUGAUUAAGGACCAAGCAACACAGGCGGUGUUGGCUAGAGGCACUAAAAAGGGGCAGCUUUAUGCAUUGGAAGAGGAACAAAAGCAUUGUGAUGGAGGAGGAGAAUUCUCCAGUUUAGCAUUUGUUAAUCACCUAGCAGAAGGUGGUAUUAAGCAACAAGUGUCCUGUCCUGGUACACCAGAAUAGAAUGGUGUUGCUGAAAGGAAACAUAGGCAUAUUGUUGAGACAGGUUUGACUUUAUUAUUGCACGCUAAUAUGCCAUCUCGCUAUUGGGUUGACAGCUUUUCUACUGCUGUUUUUCUCAUUAAUAGAAUGCCUACAUCUGU